AUGAGCCGAUCAGUUCGCUUCAGAAGCCAGGAUUCUGUUAGACAGACGACCCCUGACGAAGAGUCAACCCCCGUCGCGACGAAGCCAUCAAUCUUCCCCAUUGAUACCAGCAGGCCCACCACACCUACUGGACCUGCUGUCUCUGAGCCCCUUACGCCACCACUCUCGCCUAGUUCUCCCACAUCACCUACAACUCCCACUGCGGCACCACAGGUAGGCGGGAAAGGCGGCCGGAAACCCAGGAGCCGGUCCCAGAAGAGAGCGGAAACAGGUGAACCGGUCAAAAAAUGGAUACGGCAGCGUGGGUUCAAAAAGGUUUGGGUGGAUGAGAAGGGCAGGGAGACCGACGUAGAGGACACCGAUGAGGUGCCCGGAGUCAACUCCCCUCCUCUGCCUCCUCAGCCUGAGGUUAACAAGAUGAGUGUGAGAUCGUACGUCGACACGGUCAACGACCUUCGGGAUAAGGCGGCGGCAGCGCAACAUCGGGAUGGCAAGGGGACCUACGAUGACCCAGAGAUAAUCUGGCUGGUUGCCCCCCCGAGAGGCCCCCCAGGGCGCCGUGAGGGCAUCCUGAGGAUGUGUUGGGAGGCAUCCGAACUAAUGGGCACAAAGCGCGUUUGGAUCAGAGCCCUUGACCACGCCACGACCCGCACCAUCACUCGCACUGGCCCUCGACGAACGGCAAGACCCGAGGAAUAUACCACAACAAUUAAGGCGGCGUUCCCCCACAUUACUGUGUACAUGGGCGCAAGCUGCGCGUACGAGUACGAAGGGCAUCUGUACUGCUUGUACGAACGGUACCUGGUUCCCAGGGGUCUCGGUCGGCCGGACGUCGACAGAUCCCAUCCCGACUGGGUGAAGGAGGUUGUCGAGGUACUUGACCGCAAGUUUCUGCGCGACAGGGCUCUCCAACGCGGGUUUGUCUUUUGA